AUGACAACUCUACAAUUAUUAACUAGUAAUAAUAAUGAUACUCUUUCAAAUGAAAUCCAAAUAAGUAAUGAAAGCUAUGAAAGCAAUGGUAAUCAUUCUACAAGAGAAAGAAUGAUACCUACAAGUGACGCUGAGAUAACAAUAGGUCACGAUUUAGAACUACGUAAAGCACUUAUUCCCCUUAUAGUCGAUAUGAUACCAGGUUGGAAUGAUAUUUCUCAUGAAUCUCAUAUUCAAAUAGAGAGAAUCAGUGGAGCUCUUACAAAUUGCGUGUUUUUCAUUACGAAGUUACAACCACCUAAUAAAGUUGAAAAUGAAAAACCUCCUAAAAUAGUAACCCGAAUAUAUGGUAUUGGAGUGGAUCAAUUUAUUGAUAGACAAAAAGAAUUACGUUUUUUACAAAUGUUGUCAUCCGUAAAUAUUGGACCACAAUUGUUAGGAAUAUUCAAAAAUGGUAGGUUUGAACAAUACUUAGAAUCUACGACACUGACAAAUGCCGAGUUGCGCACUCAAUCAUGUCGUAUUGCACAACGGAUGUUUCAACUUCAUUAUAUCGUUCGUUUAUUUCCACCGCCACGAGAAACAAUUCCUGAAGUUUGGGCCAACAUUGAUAAAUGGUAUCCGUUGGUUUUAAAUACUAUAUUUUCGAACGCAUACAGGUUUACCGAAGAGCAGAAAGGUGAUUUGAAAGAAUUCGAUUUUGAGUUGUUGAAAUUUGAGAUUGAACAUCUCAAAGUCAUGCUUUCUAAACUUAAUUCUCCAAUUGUCUUUGCACAUAAUGAUACGCAAUAUGGAAAUAUCCUCCGACUUUUGGACGGUACCGAUCAAUUAGUUGUGGUGGAUUUUGAAUAUUCUGGAUAUAAUUAUCGAGGUUUUGAUAUUGGUAAUCAUUGGUGCGAGUGGAUGUUCGAUUAUCAUUCUUCAGAUCCACAUAAAGUUAAUUUAGAUUGGUAUCCAACGGAGGAAGAACAAAUUAAAUUUUUACAAGCUUAUAUAUUAGCCGAAAAACAAUUAAGUUCAUCUGAAGAACGCUUAAUUUACUCACCUUCUCUGUCUUCUAGUAAUGAUAAUCAUUAUUUGCAAAAGCUUAGAUUGGAAGCUAACGCUUUUGCUUUAUCAAGUCAUGUUAUGUGGGGUUUAUGGGGUUUGAUACAAUCAGGUCAAAACCUUUAG